UCACUUCACGCUCUUGUGCUCUCCGCUCUCAGAGCGUGAUUUUGGUAGCUGCGCUCUUCUAACGCUGUCGACGUCGGCGCUGAACUUCUUGGCUCGGAAAUUUCUUUUCGUGUUGCGCCUGCGCACAUUUCAGUUGGCUUUCUUCUACCGUUGACGUCUUCGGAGUUGUGCGGAUACCAGAGCGUUUUUGCGUAUUCACGUUUCGCGUGCCCCGUGCCCGUGCUCGUGCCCCGGUUCGGUUUUGGAUUGUGGACGUGGACCCCCCCUCAUACACACAGCGCAGCACAGCACACAGACAAACCCGUGAAGUGGCUUUAAUCGAAAGAGCAAGCAACAGAAAUUAGAACAAACCAACAGCAAAAAUAAUACAAAAAGGAAAAAAAGAAUCAAGAAUAAAAUACAGUGAACAACAUCUACCAUUACCAUCUAUUAUAAUGGAUAAAAGGCGGCCUAAAAAUUGUGAAAAUGGUUGACGAAAAGUCCGAGAAGAAUUGUUCGAAUACAUUCCAAAUAAAAUGAAAUACAGGAAAAAGUGCUACAGCUAAAAGUGUUCCAAAAACAGUGCAAUAAAAACCACAACAACAGCAAAGGAAAUACGCUUCUGAAAAAGUUACAAAUCAAAAUAAAACCAAUCAAAGAAUUGAUCAGUUAUCUGCAAUAAUUACAAAUACAUAUACAUAUAUGCUAAAUACUCCCAGAACGCUGUUGUAAAUAUUUUCACAAAUAUCGGAAAACUACAAAAACAGCAUUUUUUCCCACUGUAUAUAAAAAGAAACCCGAAAAAACCAAGAUAAUUCGAAAACCUAUAUAAAUAAAACCACUAUCCAUAGCGGGACUAUCAUCCAACAUUGCUGGGCUGCAAUCCAAUAUAUCCACAUAUAUCCCAUAUAUACUAUAAACAAUCCACUCGUACUACUCCCCGUUCAUUUUUUUUAUGCAUAGUUUUAUGUCUUCCUCCCAUUGUUUUUGAUUAUACAUAUUUGAUAAACACGGAUAAUUUUAAAGACGAGCUACAAGCAAAGAGACUCGAACAGAAGAUAUUCCACAAAUAAAUAUUGAUAUAUUUUUUCGAAAAUUACUCAAAAUGUUUAUUAGCUGAAGCUGCAAUUUCGUAACAUUGAAGCUUGGUCAUUGGAUUGUUUGAAACGUGCUAUUCCAAGGAUCGGCAGAAGAUUCGUAUCGAUCGCCUGGGUCAACUGACAAUGAAGUUUUGCAGCAUGAACGGCCCAAGUGAAUCGGAAGUUGAAAGCCUCUUGAUGAGUCCCUGCUGGGGACCGCCACAGAAUAGCGGGCAGGACCAGUAUCUGCUGGAUGGCCACAAGCUGCUGCUCGAGCACGACCUGGACUCCCUGCCUAGCGAUGCGGAUCAGAAGAACUCGCUGGACGUGCUGGACAAUCUGCUGCUCAAUGGGUCCUCAUUGAAUGGGCUGUCCGACCUGAAGCCGCUGCCCCCCUUCACCGGCUACACGGGCCACCUGUCCAUCAAUGGCAUCUCGGGCCACCACUACCAUGCCAUUGCCCAGCGGCUGCCGGACGAGAGCAACAACAACUACAUACAGAGCGCCUACCAGGCCAACCCCAAUGCCAAUCCCACAUCGACGACGGCCCAGAGCGGGCCCAACGGCGGUGGCGGUGGGGGGAGCGGCGGCGGGAGCAGCAACUCCUCCAACGAGCACAACAUAGUCUCCUCCUCCACCUGCCUGCCCGAGAGCGUACUGAGCGGGGAUCCCUGUGCGGACGCCUGCCUGGCCGAUGUCAAGCUCUUUGCCGAUAGUCAACUAGAUUCUAAGCUUUACUCCGUCGCCGACAGCUGUGUGAUGAGCGGGCCCGGCGGCGGAGGACCAGGUGGGGCGGGAUCGGGCGGCGGGGGACAGGGGAACGGCCCGAGCAUAGCCACAUUGACGCCGAUCGACCAGGUGGCCGACUCGCUGCAUGGCAGCGGGGUGCGCAUCUACAAGGACCUGACGGAAUACGUGGACAUGAACUCCAUCGACGAUAUUGCGGCCAUCAUUGGAUCGGCCAUUGCGGACACGACGGUGCCCAAUCAGCUGGACAAGGACGAGGGCAACGACACGCGGGACAGCUGGAUGGAUCUCGACGCCUGGAUCGACGGCAACUGCAUCCAGCAGGAGGGCAAGGUGCUCGUCUCGCAGCAGGACUCGCUGGGCGACUUCAUGCUGCCCCACUCGCCACUGCCCAUGCACGCCAGCAGCUCCACGCUGCAGAGUCUGCUCAGCCAUGGCUACAUGCCGCUCCUGCAGAACCGCCUCCAGCACGGUCCCCCUGGCUCUGGAAACAACAACAAUAAUCACUCCCACAACAACAACAAUAAUCACUCUCACAACAACAACAGCAACAACUCCUCCUCGGCGACCACGACAGGGACAUCCAAGGGGGAAGCGCCCACAUCUACCUCAUACUGCAAUGAACUGUCGGCGGCAACGAGCAGCAGCUGCAGUCCGCCGGGCUCCGUGGUCAGCACCACGGACAACAGUCUGAUGAUCAAUCCCCGCUACCUGUCCAACCAAUCCCAGUCGAAUCCGAACGGAUCCAAUUCCCACCAGCAGCAGCAGGCCGCCUACCAGCUCUCCGGCUCUGGCAUGGGACCCCUCAAUGGCCCAAACUCGAUGAAGGACGGCGGACUCUGCUCCCCGGACAUGCUGGGCAACUAUCCGCACACGACGACGGCCACCACGACGGGCUCCGAGCUGCGGACGGGCACCCCCAAGGCCAAGCGAUCGCGGGCCCAAAAGAAGUCCAGCCAACAGCACCAACAGCAACAGCAACAGCAGCAGCAGCAGCAGCAGCAGGGAGAUAGUGGAAAUGGCCCGUCCACGCCCCAGAUGAGCGCCAUUUCGCCCUCGAGCGUGGGCAGCUUCAGUGCCAGCGACUUGAGUGGACUGCUGGGGAAGGAGAAGCCCGUGCACCGGUGCAGCAUCUGCAAUCGGGGAUUCCUCAACAAGUCCAACAUCAAGGUGCAUCUGCGCACCCACACCGGCGAGAAGCCCUUCCGGUGCGAUGUCUGCGCCAAGGCCUUCCGCCAGAAGGCGCACUUGCUCAAACAUCAACAGAUACAUAAGAGAAUUGGGCGUGACUGACCGAGGCGGCGGCAGGCUCCUCGACAAAUUUCUUGAUUCUUGAUUCGCUGGACCAACAAGAGGCAGAGAGCACGCUCUGAGUGUCUGCAUCUGACCCCAGAGGCGGGGAGGGCCCCACUCCAAGGUCAUGUCUAGUCAUCGCAUCACCAGCAAUACGGGUUCUUCUUCUCGGGAUCUGGAUUGCUUGAUCGGUGACUGCUUCUCCUGGCCAAAGGCUUCUCCCUGCUUCUGUGUGCGUGUGCGUCAUUGCUUGGCCGGGACACUGGCCGGAGUGGCACAGGCACUCCGCCACUAUCCCACACAGGUCGAGCAAUCUCAUACACACACUUUUUGAUAUUCGUUGUUGUUGGUUGCUUUUGAUCUCUAUAGCUAAAUCGUAGUUACAUACAUAGUGGAAAUUAUCAGGAUUCGAUUGAUGAACAAAACUAAAGAACAAUCUGCAGUACAGUUCAGUUUUAAAGAAAGAAAAACUCUAUAUACUCAACAUUGAAAGUAACUUGAAAGUGUACUUUAAGUGAGUGCUGUCUAUUUUGAGGUUUUUAUUAGAAAACAUUAUUAUUUGAAGGAUUUGAGAAGCGAGAGUUUCCGUGAGUUCUGUUCCAUAGAUAUUUCAGGCAUUAGUUGCAAACCAAAUCAAGAACUUUAAAAGGCUAUGUGUACAUUGUCAGGCUAGCAAACAAAAUCAACCUACUACCUCCAAGCAGGCAAAUGGAGAUACUAUUUCCCACAAACGAUAUCCCUAAGAUAGAGCUGACGAUAGGCCAAAGAGACCACAAGCAAUGUAAGAACAACGAAGCGUCCAAUUGUCUUUCUGCAACUGUUGUUCUGUUUUGAUGCAAAUAAGCGUACUUCUAGCGACCAAGGUCCUGGCACAGAAAUCAAAAUCUAGACAAUAAUACCAACUAAGAGAUGGGAGCGGAAGUCCCAGUUGUAUAAAGUUCUGAAAUGUUGUCUGUACCUCAUCAUGUUGAAGAAGCAUACAAAUUAAGGGUUUAACUAAAAUUAAUCAAGGAAGAGCAAUACAAUUUUAAAUUACAAUUAUGUUAUAGUUUCUGUACAAACCAAUUAAAGAGCAUUAUUUAUAAACAUA